AUGGCUUCUCUAUCCGAGAUCAUCGAGCUCGAACCGGAAGAAGAGCCUUGGUGUGCUGGUUAUGCUCCUUCACAGGGCCGUCGUUGUCACGCCCGCACAAAUGCACGCGGUCGUAGUACUGCAAUGAUGCUUCUCAACGAGGGUACCAAAGACCUUCGAGCCGGUCGGAACAUCGAUACACUGCUGGAGGAUUUAGCUCCUUAUGUUUUAUGCACAAGGUUCCACCAGAGCCAAGCUUGGGAUCUCGCGCGUCGUUGGAAAAGACAAGUCCGUACAUAUCUCGAUUCGCAGGUUGUUUCAACGAGAUAUACACGGCCAGUGCGAACACCAUCCCGAGUUAUCUCACAGACUGCCGAGGCGAAUAUGGAGGAGAGAAUUGCCGUUCUUCAACAAAGACUUCGUGAGGCUAAGGAAGAGGUCAGGCGCCUCAAGGUCGCUCAAUCUGGCCUACCAGUUACUACAAACCCCUCUCAUCGCGAGGGUAGAAACAUGAGCGCAGUCGGUUAUUCCAGCACCGCGGGCCGCGCAUCGAGCGGAAACCCUCCAUUCAAGCUCAAGCCAGUCGUCAAACAACCAAUGUACCUCGACCAGUCCAAGCUCAAGCCACUCGUCAAACAACCAAUGUACCCCGACCAGUCCAAGCUCAAGCCAAUCAGUCAACAAUCAAUGUACCUCGGCCAGUUCAAGCUCAAGCCAGUCGUCAAACAACCAAUGCACCUCAGCCAGUUCAAGCUCAAGCCAGUCGUCAAACAACCAAUGUACCUCGACCAGUCCAAGCUCAAGCCAGUCGUCAAACAACCAAUGUACCUCGGCCAGUUCAAGUUCAAACCAGUCGUCGAACAACAUCUGUUUCUAUUUCGAGCCCAAGACCUUUCGCAAGAUGAAGACUGGGACGAAGAAGAGGAGAGCGAAAACAGUGGUGGUGAAGACCACGCUGAUGAUGAUCAAGAUGACGAUGACGACGACGAUACGGAUGAUGAAGAACACCCCGAAGAAUUGGUUUGGUGCAAGGCACGUUGUGGAGUCAACUUCCACAAGAAAUGCAUCGACCAAUGGCUAGAAACAAAUCAUGCUUCCACAUGCCCAACAUGUAGGAGUAAUUGGAAACACUGA